CCGCAGCCACCUGCUCUGAGUCCCCGGGCGAGGCCAACCAUGCGCCCCACUCUGGCGCUCUCCGCGCUGCUACUGCAGCUGGUGCUGCUACUGUCGCCUCCAUCUCUCUCCGAGGAUCCUGGAAGUGAGGCUAGCACAUCUGCUAUCAAAUCUACCACUGUCCAGACCCAUCAAGACACCUCAACAGCAGUGACUAAAACAGCGCCCCAAAAAGUCACAAUUGGUGACCCAGUGGCAACUACACUUUCUCCAGUUCAGCAAAGCAACCCUAUAUCAUCCAAAACCUCAGUCCAAACUCCGACAUCUAUUCCAACCUCCCCAACACACUCCAGGGACAAUCAAAACAGUGGCAGUCCAACUACAAUUUCCAGUGGCUCCGAGGAUGACAAGACUAAAACAAGCUCCCCCAGUAACACUGCCCCGACUAGUAGCAGUGGACAGACAGUCUCCUCUGGAGGCAAGAGCACUGUCAGUAUUACCGUAGCCCCACUGACCACUCCGGGGCUAACCAACGUCCCUUCUCAGCCUACUGACCAGAAUACCUCCUCAACGCUUCCUUCUACCCCCACAACAGACAGCACAGCAAGCCCUCAUCAGCCUGUGGCUUCUCCUUCGCAGAGCACAGAGAGCCAUCCUGAGGGACAGCAUACCCCUACUGCUGUUCCUAGCAGCACUGGCUCUGUAUCUGGCACUGACAACUCUACACUGCCAUGGGAGCCUACUACACACAAACCGCUGGGCACCUCUGAAGCCACUCAGCCCAUCACCAGCCAGACGUCAGGCAUCACGACAUUGCCCGUCUCCACACCGCCACAGCCUACAGAGUCUCCAGUGGUAACUGAGUUCGUGGUUCCGACUGAGAGGUUCGCAAACACCAGCUCUAAUUGGACUACCAUGACCUCUCAAGGCCCCAGCACACCCUUGCCCAUCUGGACCUUUGGGAAUUACAAGCUCAAAUGUGAUCCUCCCAUAAUGCCAGACGAGGAACUCCUCAUACUGAACCUCACGAGCGCUCGCCUUUGCGAAGGGAGCCCUCCUGAUGAAAGACUCGUGGAACUGCUAUGUCACUCAGUCAAAGCCUCCUUCAAGCCAGCUCAGGAUUUGUGUGCUCUACAGCUGGCCCCUAUUCGAGAGACCCAGGCGGUGGCAGUAAAGAGGAUCACUAUUGAGACAAAGCUUUCUCCUAAGGAUGUGUAUGAGCUUCUGAAGGACAAAUGGGAUGACCUGACGGAGGCCGGAGUCAGUGACAUGAAGCUGGGGAAGGAAGGACCUCCAGAAGUCAAUGAGGACCGCUUCAGCCUGCCACUCAUCAUCACCAUAGUCUGCAUGGCAUCCUUCCUGCUCCUCGUCGCUGCCCUCUACGGCUGCUGUCACCAGCGGAUCUCCCAGAGGAAGGACCAGCAACGACUCACAGAGGAGCUGCAGACAGUAGAGAAUGGUUACCAUGACAACCCAACCUUGGAAGUGAUGGAGACUCCUUCUGAGAUGCAGGAGAAGAAGGUGGUCAACCUCAAUGGGGAGCUGGGGGACAGUUGGAUUGUCCCUCUGGACAACUUGACCAAGGAUGACCUAGAUGAGGAGGAAGACACACACCUCUGAUCAGUCUGCCAGGCACCCCGAUUACACUGCAGAGCUCCAGACCACCCAAAGUGCCAUUUGGACAAGGGGGGCGGGACUUCCCACCUGAAGACAGAAAGACUGGGGAGGGAAAAUGGACUCUGAGGGUUGUCUCCCUCCUUCCCAUCCCCACAGGGCCUUAAUUUUCCCUUUCAAGUUCAAUGAAGUCACAUUCUGUUCAGUUCCCUCAUGUAAAAUAACCUACUUGUGCCUGAGCCCAGAGCCACUGGAAGGCAGGAGGAAGAUGAAGAACGCCAUGCGAAAGGCUCGGGAACUCCUCUAGGAAUGGCACCCUCUCAUCUCCUAAGUAAGAUGGCUGAGGCCUUAAGAGGUCAGGUGACUUGCACAGGGCCACACAGCCAUUUGGUGAUGACAAAGGUUGUUUUCCUCAGUCUGGUGCUUAAUUGCAUCAAGACACACUACUGUGUUCAUCUGUGCCCCUUCCCCAAGGCAUAAGACAGUUGUAAGUGGGCAGGCUGGAAAAAAAAAAAACAAGCCUCUAUGGUCUGGUCUCAAGGACAGGUCCCACAUUUCCAUCUCCUAUAAUAUGGCCUCUGCUAGCUUGUUGUAUCCCGCCUCUCAUGAGUUAGUCUUUAGUCCCGUUAUUUCCCAGGGCAUGGCUUUGGACCUCUUGGUCUACAUUCUGAUUUCCUUGCCUUUGCUUAGUGGGACUGGGCCCUAACUCACAGGCCUCACUGUCUAAUGGAGUCUGCCUAAGGGGUGGGUGGGCAGGCAGAGAGAAAGGAAGCUAAUGCUCAGAUGGCUUCCUCAUGGCAGCUGAUUCUGUACUGACUGACACUGGCCUACCAUUCAAGGCACUCCCUAGAAGAUACUCCCCCAAAUCUCCUCUGGCUUUCUGCUCCCACUAGGAACAAGUCUACAGUAGCUACUGAAAGCAAGAUGUUCCUUUUUCGUUGUUCACCGCUCAGCUGAGGGGGUGACUCCUCAAAACUGCGUGUCACAGAGCAGUUGUCUAGGGACAGACAUGUCCUGGGGUCCCUCCCGACUGGUCCGUGAUUGGCAAAUGUGUCUCAGUAGACAAUCAAUCUAACCUACCAGGCAUUACUGUUCCACAGGAAGCUCAGGGACUUUUCAAGUUACUGAGGACUUGGGUUGUUGUAUUAUGGUAUGUUAUGUGUGUGUGUGUGUGUGUGUGUGUGUGUGUGUGUGUGUGUGUGUGUGUGUUUAAUCCAGCUCCUCACUGCCAAAGGCUGGAGCUCAGAUCCUGGAGACUGUUAGCUGAUUCCAUUGGUUUGCACCUUCCUUUGUCAUGGAGAAAAGCCAAGAACAUGCAGUUUUAAGAUAUCAUUGCCUAUUCUUCCAACAUAGAGCCAGGCUUUUUGUUUCUGGUGUUCUUUGAAGCAAUCCAGCUGUCCCAUUUUUUUUUGGUGGACUCUCAGGGAAACAUAAAACCAUGCCUAGUACCUAACACAGGAUUUACAGGCUCAGCAGUGUCAAGUAGUCUUGUAAAAGGCUGUCAAGGGCCCAGCAUAGUGAUGUUUUAUCUAGUUUUCUGAGAAAGGGGCAGGGGAACCCUGUGUGGAGCUUUGAAUUAGGUCCAUGGUUUGUAUUGUUCUUGGUCAUAAAUUCCCAUGACUAACUGUCUGGUUUGGAGCAGCUUAUUU